GUACUCAGCCACGUCGUGUUGCUGCUACUUCAGUUGCUGGUCGUGUCGCAACUGAAGUAGGGACAGUUCUUGGAGACGAGGUUGGAUAUACAAUACGGUUCGAGGACGUUAGCGACAAGGAGAGAACUCGAAUUUUGUACAUGACCGACGGAAUGUUGUUCCGCGAGACUCUAGUCGACCCUCUGCUUACUCGCUACAGUGUCAUCAUGAUCGAUGAAGCCCAUGAGCGCAGCACGUAUACCGACCUUUUGCUUGGUAUUCUCAAAAAAAUACGUCGCAAACGUCCCAGUCUACGAAUAAUCGUAUCCUCUGCUACACUAGAUGCAUCGUAUUUUCUGGACUACUUCACCGCCGCCACUUCCCCCGACGAAGCCACUAUCGUUAGUCUAGAGGGGCGCAUGUUUCCCGUCGAUGUCGCGUACUCUGAGCAACCCGUUCCCGAUUACGUGCGUUUUUCUGCAGAAACAGCCUUCAAUAUCAAUUUGCAGUCACAAUCAGGAGAUAUACUGAUCUUCCUUACCGGUCGCGAAGAGAUAGACACCUGUUUAGACUUUCUUUCAGAACUCCUCGUAACUCUCCCUCGAAGCGCCUUACGGCUUGUUCCCCUUCCGUUGCAUGCUGGGUUGACGACUGUCGAGCAACUACGCGUGUUCGAACCUGCUGACCGAGGCACUAGGAAGGUCAUUGUCUCUACUAAUAUAGCCGAAUGUCACUAUCGAAGGCAUCAAGUUUGUGAUAGACUGUGGUUACGUCAAAAUUCGAACGUACAAUCCAACUACAGCUUUAUCAUCGCUAGCGACUGUACCGACUUCAGUCGCUUCAGCCACACAAAGGGCUGGACGAGCCGGGCGUACCUCCUCCGGCAUUUGUUACAGGUUAUAUCCAAAGUCUGCUUUCGACACUCUUCCUAAAUCCAUGCCUCCUGAAAUCACCCGGACGGAUAUGACAACACCUAUCUUGCAACUGAAGUCGCUGGGAAUCGAUGAUCUAAUGAAAUUUGAGUGGGUUUCUGCUCCUCCGGCAGAGUCUGUAUUGAGGGCACUCGAGGGUCUCGUUGCGGCAGAAUGUCCUGUUGAAGUUGGUAUUGCGCGCAU